UAUUUGGUGAUAUCAUCUUUGGUUGAUUUUUGCUUUUAUAGAGGACAUUGUAAAGAAUGCAAAGUUCACUGAGAAAAUUAGCAUAAUGUAAUAAUGAUGAGAUAUUAUAGGCUACAGUGUUAUAAAUAAAACACAAUAAUAUUAGGGGGUUCCUCGCCCUGCUAAGACUCAGGAUCCCCAUCAUUGGUAAGAAACAGUUGACAACUCAGCUGUAGCAUAAUGUCAAUGUUAGUGACCUCUUGUGGCGCUUAUGCAUUGAAACCAUAAGGGCCUAUUGUCUCAUUGUUGCCGAAAACGUAGAAGAUAGACAGUCAACACUAGCCUAUUUACGUGACUGAUUAGUGACUUAGCUCAAUCAUAUGCUACAAUCGUAGAUAUAAACAAACAAUAAAGACAACGUAUGUAGCCUAUAGAUACACACCACUCCAAAGUUUCUAAUUAUAUACACUCACUCACUCACACAUAGGAUACACAUAUGCAUUGUUAUAUAUUUUCCACAUAUAGAUAGCCUAUACUUCAACAUUCUUUAGUAUUGUUCAAGCACCACAUUAAGGCUAGGAAAAAAUGACUAGAAAUUAAAGAUACAGACAUAAAUUGAAGGCGGCGCGGUUUGGCUGCGUCUCUGUCUCUCGCGCUCUAGUCAUUGUUACAAAUUGUCGCACCUAGACGGCGACAUAGAGCUCGAGUCUGCUAAAAAACAACAACAUUUCAGCCUCUUUUCCUCCUGGCCAAAAUGCCUGAGCACGUUUGAGUGACCAUGGAGCGCGUUUGCCGUCAUGUAGUGAAACGUUGACACGCGGAGGAUUUAUCUCGGAGCAAUGAAAGUUUAAAGAGCACCGAAGGAGGACAACAUGGCUGUGCGGGAGGAAGGAGAGGUUUUGCACAGUAAAAUCAGACAGCACGAUGGUGUUGUUGGCAAUGCAAACAACGCGGAGAGCUUCAGGAACGGCUAUGUGAAGAGCUGCGUCACUCCGUUAAAACAAGACCAUCCGAGGGGCUUUUUAUUCAACGUCUGUAGGUUUUGCAAUGAGGAUAUCCUCAAGUCCAAACUAUUCCGCGGCUCGGCUCUCUACGUGGGAGCGCUGGCAGUCCUGGUGCUCUCCUGCUUCAUUUCUAGGAGCUUUCAGAGUGAACACGGCGUCUCGGAGCUGCGGACUUUCCUCUUUGAUUUCUCCCAGUCCAUCAGUCCUUUAUUCAGCAUCGGCUGCGCGUAUUUCUUCCUCACCCUCUACCUGAGGCGGACGAAGAGGGAAAGCAGCAGAUGUUGGCUUUUGUCCUUACCAGCAUCAUGCUACUUGGGGGAUUUGAUGGUCUUGCGCUUGUUGCAGUGGGGAGAGGAGCACCAUCAGAUGCAAAUGAUGGGCAGGUUGCUGUUUGUGCUGGGCUGCGUGGGUCUGCUCACUCUCAUCCCCACUCUCAAACUCAAGCACAGCGUCCUGAUCCUGGUCUUCGCCAGCCUGGUGUGGCUGCUGUCCUUCACCAGCCUCGGCUGCCUGUCUCCGUUCCUCAGGCCGGUGCUGGCGUGUACGGCGGGGGUCUCCGGCUCUCUGCUGGCGCUCUGUUUCGAUCACUAUUACCCACCGAGGGAGACGGCCGGCAGGAUUCCUAACGCGGAGGAGAAAGUUCCCGUCAUCAGACCCAGGAGAAGGUCCAGCUGUGUUUCUUUGGGAGAGACGUCCAGCAGUUAUUAUGGAAGUUGUAAGAUGCCCCGCAGACCUUCUCUGCCCUGUAUAUCCAGAGAACAGAUGAUCCUGUGGGACUGGGACCUUAAACAAUGGUACAAGCCACAAUAUCAGGGUGCAGUGAGUGGCAAUGGUGUGGAUCUCUCUGUGAUAAACGAGGCCAGGAACCUGGUCUCAGACCUGCUGAUGGACCCGUCUCUCUCACCACACGUCCUCUCGUCACUGCGCAGUGUGAGCAGCCUCAUGGGAGCUUUCUCUGGGUCGUGCCGGCCCCGGGUCAACCCCUUCACCCCCUUCCCCGGCUUCUACCCCUGCGCUGAGAUCGAAGACCCCUCAGAGAGAGGAGAGAGAAAGCCACUGAAGGGUCUGAGCAGCAGGAAUAGUCUCCCUACCCCUCAGCUGAGGCGCAGUUCAGCCUCUUCCUCUCUGCCCCCACUGGAGUCUGCCUCGUCACGCUGGGAACGCACCAAUGGAAGGAGAUCUCACUCUGAGCUCAGCAGCCAGAGUUGUGUUUCUAAUGGGCCCAACAGCAACUUGCUGACUAUUCCUAAACAGAGAUCCUCCUCCGUCACACUCUCCUAUGGCCACACAAUACCCAGAAGACCAGGUGCUUCUCCCAGCCUGAGUCCCGUCAGCUCCCCGAGUCACAGUCCCCCUGCUGCUCCCGGCUCCUCUCUGGUCAUACGCUCUCCAGUGGAGUUCCCAGACACUGCUGAUUUCCUCACCAAGCCCAGUGUCACCCUGCACAAACCACUGGGCUACACGCUGAGCUCACCUGAUUUCCAGCAACAGUAUCGAGGUUCCUCCUCGGCCCCCUUGUGCACCAGUUGUGGCCGACAGAUGAUAAAAGGUGUGGCUAGCAUGGAGGUGGGUGAGGGCCAUCAUGCAACAGCCAAUGAGAUGCAAAGAACACGCUCAGCUGAAGGAGCGGAGUAUGGUGGGGAAAACUUGAUCCGAGAGGAGAGCUUAGAGGCAGAGUCUCAGGAGGAGAGGACUGCAGACACAGCAGGGGAAAAACUAAAUAGCCAGCCUGAGGGAGAGGAACAGACCUCCAGUACGGAGCAGUCGUCAUUGGAUCCUGAGGGAGACGAGGAGCUCAGGUUGGACUCUAUGCUGGUGGACCAUGAAGCACUCAUGGAAAAGAUCAACACCUGGAACUUCCAGAUCUUUGAGGACUCAAUGGCUCACUGCUUGUCUUGUCUUAAUGAAGUUCUGUUUGUUACAUUCUCUCAGGUGGCGUACACUUUGUUCCAGGACACGGGUCUGUUCGAAAUCUUCAAAAUCCCUGUGCGGGAAUUCAUGACGUACUUUUGCGCUCUGGAGAACGGCUAUCGUGACAUCCCCUAUCACAACCGUGUCCAUGCCACUGACGUCCUUCAUGCGGUGUGGUAUCUUACCACCCGGCCAAUCCCAGGCUUUCAGCAGAUCCAUAAUGAGCAUGUCACAGGAAGUGAUACAGAUUCGGACAGUGGAAUUUCCCAAGGCAGGGUGGCAUAUGCCACGUCCAAAAGUUCCUCAUUCUCGGAUGACAGUUACGGCUGUCUGGCCUGGAAUAUCCCAGCGCUGGAACUCAUGGCACUAUAUGUAGCAGCUGCUAUGCAUGACUAUGAUCACCCUGGGCGCACAAAUGCCUUUCUUGUAGCCACUAACGCUCCUCAGGCGGUGUUGUAUAAUGACCGUUCGGUUUUGGAGAACCACCAUGCAGCCUCUGCCUGGAGCCUGUUUCUUUCCCAGCCGGAGUUCAACUUCCUGUGCAGUUUGGACCACGUUGAGUUUAAGCGUUUUCGGUUCCUAGUCAUCGAGGCCAUCCUCGCAACAGACCUAAAGAAGCACUUUGACUUCCUAGCAGAGUUUAAUUCCAAGGUUAAUGAUGUGAAUAGUCCAGGCAUCGACUGGACUAAUGAAAAUGACAGGUUGUUAGUGUGCCAAGUGUGCAUUAAGCUGGCAGAUAUCAAUGGGCCAGCCAAAGAACGCAGCCUUCACCUCAAAUGGACAGAGGGUAUCGUCAAUGAGUUUUAUGAGCAGGGUGAUGAAGAAGCCACUCUAGGAUUACCCAUCAGCCCUUUCAUGGAUCGCUCAGCACCACAGUUAGCAAAGCUGCAGGAGUCUUUUAUCACGCACAUCGUCGGGCCUCUUUGUAACUCCUACGAUGCUGCCGGCCUGCUGCCGGGAUACUGGAUUGACGAGGAGGGCUCAGACGAUGAAGAAGAGACAGAAGACAUUGAAACAGAAGAUGAAGAACUGGACGAGGAUCUUGAACCAAAGAGGAGGAAGGGUCAACGUCGGUUAUUCUGCAGCAUCAUGCAGCACUUAACAGAGAACCACAAGGUGUGGAAGAAGACCAUCGAAGAAGAGGAGAAGGCCAAAGAGCUGGAGACUCAGCAGCAGCAAUCCGAGAGCCCCAGCCUUCCUCCGUCCACCACCACCUCCUCCGACGACAUCCAGGUCAUUCAAGAGGAGGCCGAGGAGGAGGAACGGCAGUAGCAAGAGGAGAAGGACAAGCAACGAAGCUCACCGAGGGGCUUAAACGACCCGUCCCUCUCCUUCACCUACACAAACACACACAUUGACACCCAGAGGAAGACCCUAGCGGAUCUCCCCGCGCUGAAAUUCGUCACUGUGCCGACACUCUGAAGCUAAUGCAGUUCACAUUGUGUUGAAAAAAAGGCCUUACUACUGUGAGAGGACCCUUUGGUGGGAACCCCACUCCUAUGCACUUUCACCCCAUGGAGAAGCAGCGGAGAACGAACAGAGCUUUGAAGACGCAGAAUCGUGUUGUGAGAUUAAAACCAGACGGAGAAGAACACAGGCAGGGGAGAAUCGUGCCAUCCCAUGGUUCCCUGGCCUUGAACGUAGAGCUCUUAACUCUCCCGUAGGUACUUAAGUCCAAAAGGACACGAAAAAGACAAUGACGCAAUUGACACCCGUUACCAAAGCGAACAGUUCAAAAACAUAGAAAGACUGCGACUGAAGCCUUUUCAGGCUCAGUGUCAAAAUGUGCCUGUCUGAACUUAAAAAAAAAAUAUAUAUAUAAAAUAUUGUUUGUUUUUAUUUUUCUUGUGGUCCAGAAAAUGGGCUAUGCACGCUGCACUGUAUGUGCAGUCCCCAAUUUAUGCUGGCGACAUAAAACACUGUAUUACUGAACAGAGUCAUUAGGACAAGUGGAAAUGCUGACAUUUUGACUGAAAAAAUGACCUGACUUCUGCAUCGUUUUGGAUGCUUUUUAUUCAUGUUGAUCACCUUCUUGCAGUUUUUUUGUUUGCAUUUGUUGUUUGUAAGGUUGUUUCUUUCUUUUUUUUCCAUUUGUGGUGUCCCCCGGCUCCCCCUUUUUCCUCUUCAGGAACGCUGAGUUGCCAGUCGUUCUCUGUAAAGUCCGUCUGUGUUUAAAAGAAGCAUCGCAAAUGGGACAGGAAUGUUGUUCAAAUGAAGGGACGUUUCUCCUUUUUUACGUUGAAAUAGAUAUAUUUUUUCACGGUUACUCAGGAUUCAUGUGAAGGAUUGAUCCUUGUUUUUUGCGAAAAUUUAAUUCUGCAAUUUCAACUUGCACGUCGAACAUUCUUUUCAGAGGUGGGACAAAAAAAAAGUUUCUAUUUUUUGUACGAAUAGCUUGAAAGUCGCUAACAACAAAAGAUGCUCCCCCAAAGUGCAGUGUCCUACAUAUUAACCCCCAUCCUUAUCAUCUGCUCCAGACCAGUAUAUCCAUGUUUAUUUUUUCAAAGACCCCCUGAUAAGAAUUGGGAGCCAGGGAAGUUUACUGAAAACGAAAUGUUUGAGUUAGCAUGCAUGUCAUAGACUAAACAUUGCUUUGGGGGGUAACUUCAUGUUUGGCAUUAUUUGAACAUGCUUGUACUUUAAUUAUUGCCAAACGCAAAAUCCGGCCAGUUCAUUUUCAAGGAAUCCAGGGUUUCACCUUGAAAGCUGUACUUUUUUUCCUUUGAAUUUUCUUAUUCUUCACCAUAAGGCAAGUUUAAUACUAAUAGUUCUAUUUUUUUUUUUUGUCUCAAGCAAGAACUCUAGGCAUUCCACUAGAAUAAUGAGGGGAGGACGGGGAGGCGGAGAUGAACCCGGGUCUCUUUCUCUCUCUCGGUCUGCCUCACCUCAACAAAAACUCAUUUUGUCUCUGUAGAGGAAAGUUCUCAAGUAGGCAGUGUAAAUCAAGCUAGUAUAUUUAAGAGUAAAAAAAAAAAGAUAUAAAUGUGCACAUUUUACUACCAAACAAGUGUUUAACCUCUGCACAGAAAGAAUACUUGCAUAUAUAAAUAUAUAUAUUAUAUUAUAUAUUUUUUAAUUAAUCAACAAUGCGUCUGUUUUCUACAUACAGCUGACAUAUAAUGUACAUUGAGACCAUGUAAUUAUCAUCUUGUUUCAGGAGUUUAAAAAAAAAAAUCUAAUGCUAUUUACAGAUGUGGAUGUGUUUGGGUGUUGUGUUUUUCAGUUUGUUGGUUGUUUUUUUGUUUUUUUUGGGUGCACUGUCUUUUGUUCCUGCCCAUAACCACUCUUUUGCCGAAAGCCCCUAAUUUCUAAAGCUGGUGGCGAUGCCGGAUGCCUCCCUGUCUCUGUCUCCCUUUGUGGGUUUGUUCAUUAGUCACUUUUUUGGCCUGUGCUCAGGGUGUGUUCUGUGUUGGGGGCUUAUGCGCACCCAAAGCAGCUUGAGGUCUUUCUCUUUUUCUGUCCAGACUGUGUGUUCAUCAGUUCUUGGAUCCGGGACUCCAGUGUGGCUCAGUUCGUCCACCCUCCCCUCCACUUCACUGAGCUCACCCCGGCUGGGCUCAAACAGGUUGCCAAGCAGGGUGACGGUGGAUCAGAGCAUCACGGCGCCCCCAUCCCCUCGUGUUGACCACUUGCUCGACUGUGGUAUCUCACUUUUGGGGGUUCGUCGCACCACAGUAACCUCCGAUGUUCCUGUCAUCAGUAACUUUACGAUGGCAUUCACUUUUUUAUGUAGCAUUUAGAUGGCAAUGUCUGAUGUAACCAUUCAGCCUUUUCAGGGUUGUGGGGGAGAACUGACUUUUUUGUUAUUAUUUAUAGCUGUCAUAAAAGCACCAUCCCUGAACAAGA